AUGCUUGCACCAAACACUCCAAAUCAACCUCCCUCUUCUCCAACACAAUUCGCUCGAAGAUCUCCUGUGGUCUUUCGGCAUGCAACACUAGCUCCCUCUAGUGGUACUUUUGCAGGUUUCAACUCGAGUAGUAAACGACUGGCAUGUCCGUGUCUGAAUUUGCAAAUCAACGUGUUGCCAACAACUACCAUUGCAUUUAAUGAGUGGUCGAAAGGAACCAACGACGAUGAUGAAACUAGUUCAAACAACAAUGGUUUAAAUUCUACCGACAACAACAGUACAUCAAGGCUUUUUUCAAAAUCUAUUAUUCAUGAGAUAUGUACCCGAUUUCCGAGUGUUGAAAGUAGAAAGGUACAAUUCUUGAAAGGCUCUUCCAUUGCUGGUGUUCAAUCAUCGCUUGAUGUUUUCAUGGAAACUCAUUUUGUUGGAGCAGAGGAUGGUGAUGUAAAUAUUAAAGUUUAUAGAUGUUUGAAUUGUGAAACGUUUUUCGGGAUUUACAUGAUGAAAGAGCAAACGUUUUUGUUGAACUCUACUGAAUUAAUAGACGAAUCCCUACAAGACAAUAUCAAACAACAAGAAGAGUAUUCCAAAAUUUUUCAUCUCGUUCCGAAAUCGAGCAGUACUACCAAUUCCCAUCCUCAUCAAGAAAUUGAGAAUGAAUUACAGAAACAUCAAAUUCUAGUUCAGUAUCAAAAAGAUAUGCAAAAAAAGUUAAAUGAUGAAAAGUUGAAUAUGGAGCAACGAAUCAAAGAUUUUAUGAAGAAUGAAAAACUUCAAUAUCAAAAAUUAUUGUUGAAAACCCAAGCAGAAAAAGACAUUAUAUUUAGAAAAGCCAAGGGCAUCCUGUCACAACAGCAACAACAGUCACAACAGUCUGUACCAACACUUAUUUUAGAAAAUGGUAUAGAUCGUUCAGAACCUAUAUCAGAAUCCAACAUGACACAACACAAAUCUAGCACAAUUUCUCAAGACGAAUCUGCCCUUAGUGAUACUUCUUUUGAGGCAAGUCCAAACACCACUAGCUUUACACUUGACGAAAAAAUCAAGCAAGCAAUGAGCACUCCAAGCUUUCAAUCAACAAGGGAAUCAAAAAUUACGCUUUCCAAACAAACUUUUGAGCAACCAAAAUUAAGUUUUAACAAAUCAGUAGUGACACCAACAACAGAGGAUUCUGAUGAUUUAACUCAAAAGAGUUUCCACUAUAGAAAAAUGGCUUCAAAAAAUCUUAGUAGAACAUACACACCUGGUGCUUUCUUUAAUUUUGAUGAGGAUGAAACAGAGACAAUUGAAAAUGAUGGAACUCAAAAUGAAGAAGAGGAAGAAGAAUUGGAUUCAACAACAGAAUCAGAAGAGAUGUUGCCAAACAAUCAUAUUGCAAGUAUGGAUCAACAACAAGUACCAUCAACAGCAACUCAACAACCUCGUGCACGAAGACGACUGGAAUUUAGACAACCUUCACAACUUCCAAAACCACAAGUGAAUCUCUAUGGCUCAAGUGUGCCAAUUUCUAUUCCAAUGAGACCCAUGAAAUUAGAGAAUGCAGGUGGUACUGAAAAAUUACCUCUCUAUUAUGAAGCAACAGAUAAACAAGUCACACCAGAACAAAGAAAAGAAAGGACCAAGUCAUUUAAAACCAAACCACGAUUAGACGAUGAUCCUUUCACUGAAGUUCCUCAAUCCUACAUUGAAAGAUACAUGACGUUCAGAGAUGAAUAUAUCAAAAAGAUUGAGGAUGUUCCAUCUGUACAAGAUGAGCAUGACGAAAACAACAUUAACGACUUGCAAGAUACAACCACCACUGAACCAAAAGCUUUAACAGAACCUCACAACAAUGAGGAUGAUUUUUCUUUGGAGAAUGAUGACUUGGAGUUAUAA